GUGGAGCUGAGCUGUUGUGUCUCCCAGAGGAAACAUUUCUCCUCCUGCAGCAACAAUGACUUCAGUUCAGGCUUUAAGAGAGUUUAUCAGCGAGAGACUAACUGCUGCUGCUGGAGAAAUCUUCACCGCGUUUCUACAAACUAUCGUCCCCUUCGAGGAGGAGAUUGACCGACAGAGAAAACUGCUGCAAAUCAGCUCCAAACUGAAAACCAAGUCACACAGAACAGAGAGUCCACAGCAGCACAUUGGUGAGCAGAAGAGCAGCUCCAGUGUGGAGCAGGAGGAACAUGAAGCUCCACACAUUAAAGAGGCGUCUGUUCCUGAUGGUGAAGGUGACGAUUCCCACCACUCUGAGAGAGACUGGAGCAGCCAGAGACUGACUGCUGCUGCUGUGGAGAUCUGCACCCUGUUUGAACAAGCUAUUGUCCGGAGCCAGGAGGAGGUGGAGCGUCAGCACAGACUGCUGGAGACCAUCUGGAAACCUCAGAUCAAGUUACACAGAGCAGAGCUCCAACAGCACCAUGACUGUAGAGAGGAGCAGCUCUUUAAACAGGAAACACACUGCUGUCUGGAACAGGAGGAACCAGAACCUCCUCAGAUCAAAGAGGAACCAGAAGAACAGGAGGAACCAGAACCUCCUCAGGUCAAAGAGGAACCAGAAGAACCAGGACUUCUACACUUUAAAGAAGAACAGGAGGAUUCAGAACCUCCUCAGACUGAGGAUCAGGAGGAACUGGGUACCAGCCAGGAGGGAGAGCAGCUUCUCCUGAAGUUUGAAAGUGAUUCCUUUAAGGUUCCUUCUGUUGAGGAGCAAAGUGACCUGAGAGAACCAGAAGAAGAACCAGACUCUGAGCAGUUCCUCUCUCAGGACUCUGAAGUCCAUGAUGGAAGAAAACAGAAUGACUCAGAAUCAGCUGUAAAUGCAGAGCUGGGAAAAAGCAGCAUAUUUCAUAGUGACGGAGUGGAGAACUUUCCUGAGUCAGAGAAGCAGGCUGGAUGUGAAAAGAUUCUUUGUGAGGAAACAUGUGGUGAAACUGUCCGAAAAAAACCUAAAUUAAGUCAGGACUCAGGAACUGUCACUGAGAAGAAGAAGAAGUUUAGUUGUGAAGUCUGUGGUAAAGGUUGUACCUAUCAGAGUGUAUUGUUGAUCCACAUGAGAUCUCACACAGGUGAGAGGCCGUUUUCUUGUCAAACUUGUGGGAAAAGUUUCAUCCGACGGUUUCACUUUUUGCGUCACAUGAGAACUCACACGAGUGAGAAGCCGUAUUCUUGUCAAACAUGUGCGAAACAUUUCAGUCGACAGAGUAAUUUGUUGGUCCACUUGAGAACUCACACAGGUGAGAAGCCAUUUUCUUGUAUGACAUGUGGGAAAAGUUUCAAUGAAAAGGGUUCUUUGUCGGUUCACAUGAGAACUCACACAGGUGAGAAGCCGUAUUCUUGUCAGACAUGUGGGAGAAGCUUCGGUCAUCGUGGUUCGUUGCAGCGCCAUGUGAAAACUCAUGGUAUGGUAUGCGUUUAUUUAAACAGGUACAGUGCACAACAACACACACUGACCAAGACAAAGUUUGGAAAGAUGUUUGGUGCCAGGUUAUAGCAGAUUGCCAAGUUACACCUGUAGUCCCCGGGCAGGUUGAUGUUAACUAGACUAGAAACUAUUACUACAAUGCAUAUGGAAAAAUGACCAGUAAAACAUAAACGGAGUUACAUCCAAGUAAACAUACCAAAAUUAUUCUCUGCACACACACACACACACACACAACACAUCAUUCACGCCCCAUCAUUUUCAUUCCUAAUGAUCACAUUGUUGUUUACUGAGCAGCCAUUUCUUUAACAGACGAGCAAAAGUGGGAAAUCCUGUGCAUGUAAUGGUCUCUGUUGGGAGAGGAUUCCAGAGGUUACUUGCUACACAUGCAAAGCUUUUUCUGCCAAGGGCCUUGUCAGUUUUUGGAGCACGGCACUCUCCUCUAGAGGAUGAGCGUGUCACUCUUAUAGAUAUUUCUGAAGUUAAACAAAAGCUCUUAGAGGAGGAGCAGCACCAUGAAAAAGUUUAAAGAGUCAGGAAAGAUUUGCAAAGAUAAUUAAGUUAUCAAAGCUUAGAAUGCUAUAUAUAGUAAGAAUAGGACAGUGAUGAUACCGUCGAUGUUUUUUAUCAUGAAUUUUGAUUGCCUGAUUAUAUAAGGAGUGGACAGGUUCCAACACAGUUCUACACGCCUGUGACAGGAAGUCAUACAAUACAAAAAAUGUGACAUAAUCAUGGAGUUAAGAUACAUAAACGAAGCCUCGGUACUCAACGAUCUUCUGAUGCAUCUACAGUUUGAGAGAUUGAAUCUGAGAGAGUUGCAGAGUUUUUUAAUAUGGCUCUUAAAUGUUAAUUAAACCAAUGUGACACCUCAAUAAGUAAAAUCAUUAACAACUUUAAUUUAUCAUUUAUAAAAAUAUCUGGAGGAUUAAAGGUAACAUUAUUUCUAAAAUACAUGGCAACGGUCCUGUCAACAUUAAGUGUUAAGCAAGAACUCUGGAGCCAGGCUGCAACUUUUUGCAUGUCUGCUGUCAGUCUCAUGGCUACCUCAGUUGCAUUUUUCCCAUGAGUAAACAGUACAGUGUCAUCAGCGUACAUUAUUAUCGUCACAUCACACACAGAAGAGAGGGAUCCCUCCAUACUGUGGUUCUCCCCAAGAUUUCUUCUUUUCCCACUGGGUUUUUGGAGUUUUUUCUUGCCGGAUGUGAGGGUCUAAGGCGGU